AAAACGCAACGAAUGUCUGACCAGGUUCCUGCUCACAUUGCUCAGCAGCAACGGCUGUACCAAGCUGCAAUGCAGAAGCAGAAUGGAGGGCAACAGCAACAACAGCCUAACCCAGGAUAUGGUGGAUACCCUCAGCAACAACAACAGCAUCAAUACUAUCAAGGUCAACCCCAGCAGCAACAGCAACCUUAUUAUGGGCAACCCGGUCAAGUGGAUGGCUAUGGUGGUCAACAACAAGGCAGCUACAAUCCCUAUGGUGCACAGCAACAUGGAUAUGGAGGAUAUCCUGAACAUCAGCAACAACAACAAGGAUAUCAGCAGCAACAACAACAGCAUCCUCCUGUUGUCCCUGCUACUGUUUCAAUUCAGCCAUUGUCCUACAACGGAAAUUCUGGUGGUGCUGCCACUGCUUCUCCAAUUCAAGGACAACAGCAACAGCAAUAUGGAGGAUACGCUAAUCAAGGACAACUUGCACCACCUGUUACAGCUCAGCAACAACAGCAAGCCCAACCAAGGCCUAAUGCUACUCCCGGCAGCGAGUAUCCUCUUCUUGUGGCCAUCGAUUUCGGAACAACGUUCUCUGGAGUUGCGUAUGCGUUCAAAAGCAACGGCGAUGUACUGGAGAUGACUACUUGGCCUCAUCAAGCAAAUCUCUACGGAAAAGUGCCAACUGUGAGCGCAUAUAGCAAAGAGAAUGACAAGAUGCAUUCGUGGGGAUAUGCAGCCAAGGCAGCGAUGUUGACGCCCAAUGGUCGUAACCUAGAUCUCCUUCAAAAGUUUAAGUUGUUCCUCGACAAUGAUUUAGCGCCUUACUUGCCGCCUUUACCUAGAACUAUCACACCUCAACAAGCUAUCAGCGACUAUUUACGUGCUAUGCAUACGCAUGCUAUCAAUGAGAUCACAAAGAACAGUGCUGGAGGCGUUGUCUUUGAUCAAUCUCAUAUUCAAUAUUGUUUGACCGUGCCUGCUAUGUGGACAGAUGCAGCAAAGGGUGUGAUGAGACAGACAGCCAUCCAGGCUGGUUUGAUUCAACCUCAAGACCCUUCUCAUCGUCUUCUCCUGGUUUCGGAACCCGAGGCUGCGGCCAUGUAUUGUGAAAGGAAAUGUGAGCAAUUCAACUUGCGUCAUGGUGAUCGCUUUAUGAUUUGCGAUGCAGGAGGUGGAACUGUUGAUUUAAUUGUCUUCCAGGUUGAUUACAGCAGUGGGACACGUACAUUAACAGAGGUGACCCGUGGAUCAGGAGCUAGCUGUGGAUCGGGUUUCUUGGACGAGAACUUCUCGAUGUUAGUUCGUCAGAAGCUUCAGCGGUAUGACCUUCAACCAAAGGCAUGGGCUCAAAUCAUGGAAGAAUUUGUAUUUAUGCACAAGCCCCAGUUUGAUGGAGAUGAGGAUUCGUUCAUUACCAUGCCAGCCACGGUUGCCAAUGUAGUAGACCUGGACAUGCGUCUCGAGGAUGGACUGUUGGCGAUUUCUGCGCAGGAGAUGCGUGAGCUCGUGUUUGAUCCGGUUGUGAACCAAGUCUUGGGGUUGAUCGAUGGACAGCUGUUCCAGUCACAACAAUGUUCAGCCAUCUUCUUGGUCGGAGGAUUCGGUUCAUCCCCUUAUCUUCACAAGCGUGUUCAACAAGAGUUUGAGAACCGAGUGCCCUUGAUUCGUUACCCUCCUCGUCCAGAUUUAGCCGUUGUACGUGGAGCAGUGUACCACGGAUUGACACAUCAACCCGUUCAGGCUCGUGUGGCACGUCGUUGGUAUGGAGUGGACACGACACGUCCUUACAAGGCUGGAGAUCCUGUGGAAAAGAAGUAUAUGCAAGAUGGCAAGUAUCGUGUUCGGGAUGGAUUCUCGGUCUUUGUUCGUCCUGGACAGUCGAUUGCUGUGGAUGAAUGUAUUAGCAAAAAAUAUAUCACGCACAAAUACCCAGAACCACUAUCAUCACCACUCUAUGUCUACAAUGGAGAGAAUCAGCCCGAGUUUGUGGAUUCGCCCGGUGUGCAAAAGCUCUGUGACUUCACUAUUCCUUUGCCACAUAUGCCUGGUGCUGCACCUGGUACGCCUGUAAUAUUCACCUUAAAGCUGUACUUUGGACGCACGGAAUUAAAGGCCGAAGCAGAGUUCCAGAGUGGAGAGGUCAUUUCUACAUUAUGCCAAUUCCAGUAAAGAAUUAAAAUCAAACUCUAUAAUAU